CCGACGUCACAUCCUGCCACUUCACCGCCACUUUACGAGGCUUUUCUGUGUUCCAAACUUGAUGUGCAACAUUGUAUCUUAACGAUAAUGCGACCAUGAGUGAUUACUCGUUGGCCUUCCGACUGUAGCGGGAAAACAAUUUACAGACGCUGUGGCAACGGUCGUUACAAGCCGCAGUGGCAGUUUCAUCAGCAGCCCUGUCACUCAGGGGAGGAGUCGUUCACAUGCGAAGUCCACCUCUGUUGAAGUAUUUCUGUGAUAAAUGAUGGAAUAACGGGUUCACGAAGAUGAGAAGAACUCAAUAGAAGACGUUGCUCAGGGGCCAGGGCAGGUACAUAGCCCACACUGGGACUUCAGGAGGUUUUAAUAUUAAACUAUUAAACUGACCAUGCUGCUGCGAAGGCUGACCCUGUGUUCAAGGAUCCGACUGGAUUACCAGAGACACGUAUGCCGGUUGCUCACCAGACCCCUGACACAAGCUCCCCAGGGGAGGGCCCACGGUAGCUCCUUUGCACAUCGCGGUGAACUGCGUCAGGCCAAGAGGAUCGUAGUGAAGCUCGGCAGUGCUGUGGUCACACGUGGCGAUGAAUGUGGCCUGGCACUGGGGAGGCUGGCAUCCAUUGUGGAGCAGGUGGCCAUGCUGCAGAAUCAAGGCAGGGAGAUGAUGAUUGUCACCAGUGGAGCAGUGGCCUUUGGCAAGCAAAGAUUAAGACACGAGAUCCUGCUGUCCCAGAGUGUCCGACAGGCGCUGCACUCAGGAAACAAUCAGCUCAAAGACAUGUCUUUGCCAGUGCUGGAGGCCCGGGCCUGCGCUGCGGCGGGACAGAGUGGUCUGAUGGCCCUGUACGAGGCCAUGUUCACCCAAUACAGCACUUGCACUGCACAGGUCCUGGUGACAAAUCUGGAUUUCCACGAUGACCAAAAGAGGCAGAAUCUGAACAGCACGCUGCAGGAGCUGCUGCGUAUGAACAUCGUGCCCAUCAUCAACACCAAUGACGCUGUGGUGCCCCCGCCGGAGCCCAACAGCGACCUGCAGGGGGUAAAUGUGAUCAGCAUUAAGGACAACGACAGUCUGGCGGCGCGGCUAGCUGUAGAGAUGAAGGCUGACCUCCUCAUCGCGCUGUCUGACGUGGAAGGACUGUACAACAGCCCUCCUGGAACAGAUAACGCUAAGCUCAUUGACAUGUUCUACCCUGGAGACGAGCAGUCCAUCAUCUAUGGUACAAAGUCCAGAGUUGGAAUUGGAGGCAUGGAGGCCAAGGUCAAGGCUGCCCUGUGGGCCCUGCAAGGUGGCACCUCAGUGGUCAUUGCAAAUGGCACCCACCCCAAAGUAACGGGUCACGUCAUCACUGACAUUGUGGAGGGCAGGAAAGUGGGAACCUUCUUCUCUGAGAUCAAACCUGCUGGUCCAACUGUGGAGCAUCAGACAGAAAUGGCACGAAGCUCUGGAAGAACCCUGGCGUCUCUGCACCCAGACCAGAGGAGUGAGAUCAUCUGCAAGCUUGCGGAGCUGUUGACUGAAAAAAAGGAAGAGAUUCUGACUGCUAACAAGACGGACAUGGACCUGGCUGAAAAUGCAGGCCAUUUGCCACCAGCCAUGCUAAAGCGCCUGAGUUUGUCACCAGCCAAACUUAACAGCUUGGCCAUAGGUCUGCGCCAGAUUGCUGUGGCUGCCCAGGACAGUGUGGGUCGCGUGCUGCGCAGGACCAGGGUGGCUCACAACCUGGAGCUGGAGCAGAUAACUGUGCCCAUUGGGGUACUCCUGGUCAUCUUUGAGGCCCGACCUGACUGCCUGCCACAGGUGUCAGCAUUGGCUAUAGCCAGUGGUAACGCCCUCUUGCUGAAGGGAGGCAAGGAAGCAGCCAACACCAACCGGGUCCUCCACCAGCUCACCCAGGAAGCCCUUUCCAUGCACGGAGUCAGAGAGGCAGUGCAGCUGGUGAGCACUCGCGAGGAGGUGGAGGAUCUAUGCCGACUGGACAAGAUGAUCGACUUGAUCAUCCCUCGAGGUUCAUCCCAGUUGGUUAGGAACAUUCAGCGGGCUGCGAAGGGCAUCCCGGUGCUGGGUCACAGCGAGGGAGUCUGCCACGUCUACGUUGAUGGGGAAGCCAGCGUGGACAAAGUCAUCAAAAUUGUCAGAGACUCUAAGUGCGACUACCCGGCUGCAUGUAAUGCCAUGGAAAGCCUGCUGAUUCACAGGGACAUCCUCAGGACGCCACUGUUUGACCAGAUCGUUGACAUGUUGCGCACUGAACGGGUGAAGAUUCAUGCAGGCCCUCGGUUCGCCUCCUACCUGACGUUCAGCCCGUCGGAGGCAAAGUCCCUGCGGACAGAGUACGGUGACCUGGAGUGCUGCAUUGAGGUGGUGGACAGCAUGCAGGAGGCUGUGGACCAUAUUCACAAGUAUGGCAGCUCCCACACCGACGUCGUCAUCACAGAAAAUGAGGACACAGCUGAGCAGUUCCUGCAGCUGCUAGACAGCGCCUGUGUUUUCUGGAACGCAAGCUCCCGUUUCGCUGAUGGCUACCGCUUUGGACUUGGAGCAGAGGUAGGUAUUAGCACUGCACGUAUCCAUGCCCGAGGCCCCGUUGGGCUGGAGGGGCUGCUCACCACCAAGUGGGUCCUGAGAGGUGACGGGCACACAGCAGCUGACUUCUCUGAACAGGGUACCAUGAAGUACCUCCAUGAAAACCUGCCUGUCGUGCAACCUCUUGCUGGGCAGAGGGACAGCAACUAGCCCAGAGACUUUCGCAACACUCACUUGGUCGAAAUGGUUUGCAUUGCCCACCAGCAGCUCCCUCUGGGGUCUUGUUGCAGAUAAUGGCUGAUGUCACUACUGUUUACACUUCAGACUGUCACUAAGAGUUUACAAAUAUUUUAAAUUCUACCUCAGCUUGUGAUUCUUUUAUAUGAGCUGGGUAAGUCACCCUAAUAGGCUCCGGCAGGAUGUAUUAUGUGGCAAUCACAACACAAUACUUCCCUAAUAAUAGAUUAAUUGGAGUACUGUGAGCGAGAAUGAAGUUAACUAAGAUUACAUUCUUUGAGAAUACAUAAUAUUUAUAUAUCAAUAUCAAAGGAAACUGAAGUGCUUGAAAUUCUUCUUCUUCUAAUAAGGCAAUCUCAGGACUGACACUAAUUCACAGAAACAUUUCCUUCAUUUCAUCGUAAUAUGUGUAUGAAAGUAAUUCAAGUUCUUUAUUGUUAUAUGCAUCAUGCAACAGAGAAGUCGAAGAAUUCGCUCCCACCAACAAUGUUCAUUUAAAUAUGUAUGGAAAGAUAAACAUGCAAGUGAAAGCAGGACUCUUUAAGACAUGUACAACAUUUACUUUCUUUGUCAAUGUUAUUGUGUAACUCUAAUGUAUCGUCAAUGGUCAGCACAGUUGGUAAUUCUCUGUAGCCCUUAAAAACACCGUAUUAUGAUGAUGGGCAUGUUGUAUCUUUAUCUUAGAUACAUUUAUUAGAUAUUGUAUAUCGUUCUCACAGAAAAAAGUUCCUGUUAUAUUUGUACAUAUUCUAAAACUGUAAGGCCUAAUUUUAUUUUAUCUGAUUGCAUUAGCUCAUUUCCUACUAGCUUCAUGCUGAUUCUACAGUAAGCGUGUUCUUUCUUUAUGGAGCAUCCCCUUUUGUCUUUUCUUGCUGUAAUUUCAGAUUUCAUUUGUCUGAAUGUGCAGGUAUUCUUUAGCUGGUGUGAUCUAUAUGUCAUUUCAGACUUGGAACUAACGCUGCAACAUAUCAAGUUAGCAUUUAAUAGAAGACAAUGUUGCUUUCUCUCAGUUUAACCAAAUCCUGGUGUGUUAUAGAUUUAAGAUUUUCUGUACUAAAACCUAAUGACGCGAUUAACAUUUAUACACAAGUAUCAGACAUUUACCAGUUUUGUUUUAUAGCAAUACAAGUUAGAAUACUUGUAUGUCUCCAUUUUUUUUUUUUUUAUUGUUACAAGUUGUGCUCAUUUUUCCAUGCUUUGCUGCUUUGCUGCUUGUUCAUUUUGGCGCCCAAAGCCUCUGUCAGAGCAGGAACGGUAAUUGACAAGCUGCCUCCUUCAAGCUGGAGGGGCAAAUGCGACUGCUUUUAAAUUAAGCUCUGUAACAUUCCAGCCUCUGAGCGCCUGUCUGAUGUCUUGCAAUGCACACUUAACGAUUGGUUUGGGUUGUAUAAUAGCAAUAUUGUAGAAUAAAAAAGAAAAAAAAGAAUAUUUGGAUAUUUUUCUUACUUUCUUUGAUUUUUGCAUUUGAAAUGUUAAGGAUUUAUAUGCUCAUCUUCAUCUCUGUUGUGGCACUAGUCUUUUUACUUUAACAAAGAACACAAAUUAAUGGGGGAAAAAAAAUCGUGCUGAUCUGAAAAACAGAUGUCUAAAAAGAGCCUUUUUAAAGUUGCCCAUAGGGGAAUUCGCAUUGCUGGAAGUGGGGCAAGGAAGAUGGAAG